GUUUUGACCAAAUAUUCAUGUUGUUCAUCAGUAGGAUGUAUUCUCAUUUAUUAAUGAGAUGUUUUAGGCGUUAUUGAUUAAUCAAUAAUUAUUCACAAAUAUUAUGAUAAUGUGUUCUCACAACCACUAUAUUUAUUACAGUUAUGUACGGCCCUUUAUUAAUAUUAGGAAACGUGCAUCACAGAAAACCGCUACCGCGUACAUUAGAGUGAUAUAAAAGUUUGUUAACCUAUGAAACCGCAACAUCAGCAUAUUAAUGCUGUUUAUUAAAACAAUGUACCUCUGUUCUUGAGUUAUGAAUUUGUUCAUAGUAUUGAUGUCCACCUACAUAGAUGGAAUACACUUUUAUGUGUUAAUUAAUAUGGGCAUUGCAUCUAUAACGCGAUCGUAUAGACAAUGAAUGAAUGAAGCAAUUCAUCAAGUAAACGCGCCAAAACUCCUGCCGUAUACUUUACGUCCAGCGUCUUUAUUGCGCCAUCAGUAUAUGCUAGUGGUGUUUUAACUUGUUAACGUGAUAUAGAAGUGUAUCCUGUGUAUCAGUGCAACUGUGCUUUAAGAUUCAAAGAUUCUCACCGAGGUGCCUACCCAAGUAGGUACAAGGAUCAAAAAGUGUUUCCUUUGGAUUUAAGAUAAGUACCUAUACCUACUUACUAUUUAAGUUUAUACCUAAAUACCCACCCUAUUCCCGGUAAAUUUAUCCGGUGUGUAUAAUAAUCAUCGAUAGAGGUACCAAUAGUUUACGGGAAUAGGCAAAAUGUUAUGUUUUUUGUGUAAACAAUUCUUUAGUACGAUACCUUUGCUAUUUUUUCAUUUUAAACGUACUCACGGCCUAAAAUCAAAUGCAAUAUUUAGAUGUAGCGAAACUAACUGCCAUCAGAUUUUUCAAAAUUUAGGAAGUUUUAAAAAACAUUUAGAUCGAAAACAUGUCACCAAAUCACGGGGCGAUACAGUUAUUAUAAAUAGUGAAAAUAUGGCUCUUCUGUCAAUGAAAGCAAUAUUCUUAACCAUGAGCAUGACGUUGACAUGGAAGUUACGAAUAAUUUAUAUAGUGGUCUCUCGGCGUCAACAAAAACAAAAGCUGAAAAUUUAUAUAAUUAUCCCUCACUUAAUGUUUUAGAAAAUCCACCUGCGAGUAAUGAUACUCACCACACAGUCAAUUUUCAGCCCGAACUGUUGUUAGAAAAAAUUUCCAAUUGCGCUACGAAAUUUGUGUUUGCCCUUCACAACAAUAACAAUUUCUCGAGGAAAGAUGUUUUCGAAAUUCAAGAAACUGCUAAGCAAUUCUUGAUAGAUCCGUUAUUAGAUUUAUUUAAAUUAUUCGCUGUUCAUAAAAUUGAGCUAGAUGUGUGUGCCCAAAAUGAAUUAUGUGGUCUCAUUUCCAAAUGUAGAAAUCCAUUUAAACAUUUGAACACCGACUACCUUUUGUAUAAAUGGCUCAAUGAGGGAGAUUACGCUAAAAAUAUAACAGAAUUUACUAUCGAUAAUCAAGUAACUACAGUCCAUCGUAAAGGUAAAUUAGUUUAUGAUGAAAAAACUAUUAAGGGUGUGGUCAUGCCACUAAAGUUCCAGUUCAGAAAGACAUUCGAAAAAGAUGAUUUGCUCUUCCGGACUCUAGGAAAUAUAGAGCUUUUGAAAAAUGACACCAGAUUCAGUAACUUCGUACAGGGGAAAUUAUGGCAACAAAAAAUGGCCUUAUAUCCGAAUAAAACAAUAAUACCCUAUUUUUUAUACGUGGACGACUUUGAGAUUAAUAAUCCUCUUGGAUCUCACGCUGGCACACAGUCUGUUUGUAAUUUGUAUUAUUCAUUUCCGUGUCUUCCCGGGGAGAGUUCCAAGGUGGAAAAUAUCUUUUUUGCAGGUACAAUAAAAUCGACCGAUAUAAAAACUCAUGGAAAUGAAAAAUGUUUCGAGUUUCUUGUAGAGCAGUUAAAAGACCUAGAAAUAAAUGGCAUAGAUAUUAAAACUAGUCAGAAUUUGAAUCCAAUACGCCGGGUUCACUUCAUUCUAGGCUUAGUUUUGGGUGACAACUUAGGUCUAAAUGGGUUUUUGGGCUUCAACAAAUCAUUUGUAAGUAAAAGUUAUUGUAGAAUUUGUAAAGCAGUAAAGGAGGACUGCCAGAAAUUAACGUCUGAAAAUUCUGACUUGAUUCGAACAGUUACUAACUAUGAGUCAGACGUACAACUUAAAAAUAUUGUUGAAACAGGGAUUGAAAGUAAUUCUAUUCUGAAUUCGAUUCCGUCAUUUCAUGUUGUUGAUAACUCAUAUGUAGAUAUUAUGCAUGAUUUAUUUGAAGGGGUCUGUCACUAUGACUUGUGCCACAUAAUUCCCCACUUUAUUAAAAUGAAAUAUUUUGAUUUGGAAACCCUCAAUUCUCGCAAACGAACUUUUGAAUAUGGUCGUCAUGAAAUUGGGAAUAUUUCUGGCGAUAUUAAGCAGCUUCAUUUAGACAAAAAAAAACUGAAAAUGUCUGCAAGGGAAAUGAUGUCAUUUAUCAUAUUUUUUCCGCUUAUGGUGGGAGAUUUUGUUCCAGCCGAUGAUGACGUCUGGAAAUUCCUCAUUAAUUUCGUUGAGAUUAUUGACAUUAUACUGUGUUUUGAAAUUCAUGAAUCUAACCUUACAUUAUUGGAGAACAAAAUUAAAAAGCACCAUGAAGAUUAUAUUCUAUUAUUUCGUGACACCUUAAAGCCUAAAUUUCAUAAUUUUGUCCACGUUGUUAGAGUAUUACGUAACUCGGGUCCCCUAAGAAAGUUGUGGUGCUUCAACUACGAGACUAAACAUCGUCAAUUUAAAAUAUAUUCCCACUGCAUAACUUCUAGAAAAAAUAUUUGCUUAACUUUGGCAAAAAAAUAUCAACUAAAAUUUGCGAACUACUUAAUCCAUCAGGAUACUAAUUUAGAAGAGUCUUCAGUUUGUUUGAAUCCAAAACAUGAAAUAGGUAGCAAAUUUCUUAAUAUAAUCUUGUCAAAACUAAAUAGCAAGGAAACAGAAUUGAAAUUUUAUUCGAAAAUUGUGUACCGAGGUCAUGAUAUCAUACCAACGGAUUACAUUGCAACAUUUGAGGAAGAUAUAUACAUUUAUAAAAUAAUAGAAAUUACGCUGUUCAGGAAUAGUGUUCUACUAUUUGCCCAAAAAUUAGAAAGAGUUGAGUAUAAUCCUCAUUAUGUUGCGUAUGUCGUCGAUCCCAAUAUUUUGGGGCAACUAAAAUUCAUUCCUGCGAAUAAUAUUAUUGGGCCUCCUCUUUCCUUAAUAAAAACUGCUCGGGGUAUCUGUAUGCUCAGAAUAAAAGAAUAUUACAAACCCAUUGCAUAAACGUAUGACCCCCCACGUCAUCGUACACCAAAGGAGUACAAGAAGCGAAGCUCUGCGCAUGACACUCUUGCGCGAGCUUGGUGACCCUGAAGCCGUAGACGUUGAUCUGCAGCUGCACUAUCGAUUUAAAGGUACUGGCACGACCGCGGGCACGACAGCUCACCAAGCUCGCCCAAAAGCAACACACGGAAGCUUCACAUCUUGUCUCAUCUCUUUUCCUACACUCAGAUGAAAGUAUAUCAUGUUCCUAAUUAAUAAUAUUUGUCUUAAAGAAACAUUUAAAUAGCUUUUACAUUUUUGGCUUAUUUUAAUUUGCAGUAGGGCCGGUUGCCUAAAAGCGGUUAGGCCGGAGUUUGGAGUCAACGGCUGAAACACAAUUAUGAAAUAUUUAUCUGACAUCGUGGUAUGGCACAAAAUUAUCCAACUAGUGUGUUUCAACCGUAGGUUGACUCUAAUUAAUGGAAUCGGUUUUGUGCUACCGGGCCCGAACCCUAGAUCCAUUCCAACUCGUUUGUUUUUGGUCAUUUAUUCACCUUUACAUUAACAAAACCAGUAACUACCUGUUGUUUUAACCAUACAGAUUACAUAGGUA